AUGGGGCUCCGAAAUCCAAACCAUCCGAGGCAUGAUCUGGAGCUAAAACAAUCCCCAAAACCUUACAUCUGCAGUGGGUGCAAGGAAACAGGGUUCGGCCCACGCUACCACUGCGCCAAAUGCGAUUUCAAUCUCCACGAAACCUGCAUGUUUCCAAAAAUCUUACCCUCUCCCCACGAAUUCUUCCCAGGUUCCAUGUUCAAGUUCUCCACAACCCCACACAAGAAAUGCCCAAGGAUUUGUGACGCAUGCAUGAACCCCAUCAAGGGCUUCGUGUACCACUGCAGAAGACACGAUUUAGACCUCCACCCCUGCUGCAGGAACCUCCACAACAGGUACGAAAUUGAAGACGUGGCGUUUAAUCUGCGCAGCAAAAUUGGGAGACAGUGCGUGUGGUGCGACUGUGAGAGCAUCAAGGACCGUGGAUGGUCCUACGUGUCCGAGUGCGGGGAGUACCACGUUCACGUGGCUUGUGUCACAGAAAUGGCUCUGCAAAAAUGGCACAGCGGCGGCGGAGACUUGGUCAGAUCAGUCGACAAGACCAGCCACUGGCUGUGGAGAUCAAAUAAGGAUCACUCCAAAGCAAUCAAGUGUUGGAGAAUUCUUAAGAUCUUCGUCAAGACCAUUGUUAGCAUCGUUCUUGGAGAUCCAACCCCCGUUCUCGCCUCUCUGUUUCAAGAUUUGAUUAAGAAUUAA